CCCCAUUGCUUCACCAUCCCACCGCCAAAGAUCUAGAUCUGCGACUGAGGUGGAGAGUAGCGGAAGCGACUUUAUGCUUCCUCGUCAGAUAUGCUCACCCUGGGGAGCCUGCUGUACAAUUCGACAACGACGACGACGAGUACCGGAACCAGCGGUUCAAGAUUGUGAAUUGGAUUGUGAAGGGGCCCUAGGUGAUGAAGAUGGUCGGGAAUCACUGCGCAUGCCUGCUAGGGAAGGCACUCACCUGCAAUUAACAUAGGGGACCAAAGUAUUUUGAGAUGGAUGUUGAUAUCGCGAGCUCGACAAUCACGACGGCGAUCCUACACUUGGCGCUUGGGUGCAUGACGAGCGUGACGAUCGAUAUGGGGUUCCUUGUGGAGGCACAUGAGCCGCUGCCCAAGAGGUUGAUCACCGCGGUGAGGGUUUGUCAAAUGGAGAUGUCUAACAGGCUAUCUUCGACCUCUUCCCUUGUCGACUCCUCGUCGUUUGAGGAUCUCACAGCAGAACGAACAUGGGAAUGGUUCACUAUGACAAAAAUCCCUUUUUGGAGAUACCAACGGGAAUUGGUUCUACUGCAGGAAUGGGAAGAGAGUAGUGGAAGAAGAAGUUGUGCUGACCGGAUUCAUUUUCGCUGGCAGGAUUUGAAGACUAAGAAAGAUGGGGAAGGGAAGAGGGAGGAGGAAGAAGGGGAAGGGUUGGGUUUAUGACGUGACACGUUUUGUGAUGUGGCGGGUCAGAUUUCAAUUUUUUGUUUGUUAAAAUUAGCUUAUUAGGUACUUCUGCUGGCCACAUUAACAAAAAACUGACGGUGUU